AUGAUUAAAUUGAACAUAACGAAUGAGCAAGUAAAAAUAAAUUUAAACAAAAAAGAGAAUGUACUAUUUACAAAUAACAAUGUUGGUAUUUAUCUAAAUGAUAAUAAGGACAGUCAGAGGCAAUUUGGAUCAAUUUAUGCUACUAAUUACAGGUUAAUAUACGUAGAUAAUAAUAACCAAUCUAAAUCGUUCACAAUUAACUUAGAGAAUAUUUCAAAAACUGAAUUUUACACUGGAUUUCUCAAGAGUUCGCCUAAAGUUACUAUCUAUUUAAAAAACAUGGUCAAUAAAGAUAAUAAAAAUGAUUGGAUCUGUUCAAUAUGUUCAUUUUUGAACCCGAUUGAUAGCAUAUCGUGUAAUCUAUGUGGUGUUGUCAAAGAUACCAAUAAUAGCAACCGUCAAAAUGCACGAAAUAAGAGCCAGUUCGACAAUAGUUGUCCGAAAUGCACAUUCAAGAACCAUCCAUUGAUGACUAGAUGUGAGUUAUGUGAAACAACUCUAAAGCCUCUUCAGUCAACGACACCAACGAUCACGCCAGAAUUUAUUAGAGUUAGUUUCAGAGGUGGUGGUGAAGGUCAGUUUUAUUCAACUCUGAAAUUGGUUUUAGAAUAUAAAGCUUGGUCUAUAGAAGAUCCGAAUGACAAAGUAUUACAACGCGAUCAAUCUGCAGGGAUUGGCGGAAUUCUAGCAUCUGUAGAUACCAAAGUGCAGUCAUCUCAAUCGAACAUUGUUGAUGCAUUUAAAGACUUGCAAACGCUAUUUUUGAAGGCGGAUGAGAUGGUAAAAUGCGCCGACCAAUUAGCUUCAAGGCUACCCAAGAAUAAAGAGCAAAUGACAGAUGUAGAAAAAGAAGCACAAUACUUUCUAAACUCGUCUUUUAAUGAUAUAAAUCUAGGAAUUGCACCUACGGCGACCUCGGAUGAAGAAUCUUUAGCAUUUGAGCUGAAAGCGAUUCUACACGGAGAUAGUGGACUGCUUAGUGGUAACAAACGAAAUGUGAUCAAUUUAGAUGAAGUCUGGUGUGCUUGGAAUAGAGGAAGAGGUGUUGCCUUACUCAAUCCAAAGGUUUUGAUUGAUAUUCUACCAUAUAUAGAAAGAACAACAAAUAUCAGAAGUCUGAAGCUACAGAGUGGUAUAAUAGUUCUGCAUAAUCCAUCACAUUCACUCGAAGAAUUCAAUAAGCGAUUAGAAAGUUAUAUUGAGGACUGUCGGGGCGGAGUUACGACAAUAGAGAUAGCACAAAAGGAAGAAUUGCCGCCUAGUUUGAUAGAAGAUUUUAUCUUAUGCGCUCAAGCUAAGUUCGCCUCUGUCGUUAAGGAUGUGAGCUCAGGCGGUCUAGUGAGGUACUGGAAGAAUGAAUUUAAAGAUUUCACGAUUGAGAAUGAACUUAACGAUUAUUUUGUAAACUGGAAAUUAUGA